GAUGGCGGCCGAACUGGUGGAAGCGAUGAACAUGGUGAAAAGUUUCCGGGUGUCAGACCUGCAGACACUGCUGGCCUCGAUGGGUCGCAGCAAAAGCGGUCUGAAGCAGGACCUGGUGGGGCGCGCACUGCGGCUGGUGCAGACCGAGUACAGCCCAGAGCUUCUGAAGAACGUCAGGCAGCUCUACGAGUCGCGCUUCCCCAAAUCCUCUGGUUGGCUUGCUGCACGGCGUCCGGAGGGCGUCCCGGUUGCCUACUCGUCCCUCAGCUCAUCCCCCACUGCCACCUCUCAGGGCGCAGACUACCUCAACGGCAUUUCCAAACCAACUCCGACACCUGCAGCAGAGGUCAAGCUAGUGCCACUACCCUUUUACCAAACCUUGGAGACACUGUUGCCACCAACAGAGCUAAUUGCCCAGAACAAUGAGAAACUGCAGGACAGUCAAUGCAUAUUUGAGUUAACACCAACCCAAGCUGAUCAGAUCAGAAAUGCAAGUGAGCUUCGUCCAGGAAUCAGAUCAAUCCAAGUGGUUCUUAGAAUCUGUUACACAGACUCCAUUGGUGUCCAGGAGGACCAGUAUCCCCCCAAUAUUGCUGUCAAAGUAAACCAGUCCUACUGUCAUGUGCCAGGCUAUUACCCUUCUAAUAAGCCUGGGGUUGAACCUCGUCGCCCUUGUCGACCUGUUAACAUCACUCCCUGGUUGCAUCUCUCCAGUGUCACCAACAGAGUCACCAUCACCUGGGGAAACUUUGGCAAGCGGUACUCGGUGGCUGUGUAUUUAGUGAGGGUCUUCACUGCAACAGACCUCUUCAGCCAACUCAAACUCUGCUCUGUGGAGAGUGCAGAUCGCUGUCGUGAACGCAUCCAAGACAAACUUCGCUUUGACCCAGAAAGUGAAAUUGCGACCACAGGCCUUCGAGUUUCUCUCAUCUGUCCAUUGGUGAAGAUGCGGCUCGGGGUACCGUGUCGAGUUUUAACUUGUGCCCAUCUCCAGUGUUUCGAUGCAGUCUUCUUCCUGCAGAUGAACGAGAAGAAGCCCACGUGGACUUGCCCUGUCUGUGACAAGCCCGCUCCCUUUGAGCUGCUCACAAUUGAUGGGCUGCUAUCUGAGAUCCUGAAACAGACAAGUGAAGACAUUGAGGAGAUUGAGUACCUAACCGACGGCUCCUGGCAACCCAUCAGAGAUGAGAAGGAGAGGGACAGGGACAGGGAUAGAGAAAGCAGCAACACGCCAGACUACCCUGAUGUUGAUAUAUGCAUUCCUGAGGCAAACGGUCAUUCACCAGCCCACAGCAGCACCAGCCUGACGGGCAAAUCUGGCAGCAGUUCCGUGGGGGGGGCAGGAGGCACGGGGGGACCUGCCGCGGCGCCGGGCGGAGGUGCGGUGGUAGAUCUAACUCUUGACUCGUCCUCUGAAGAGGAAGGCGGCGGGGCAGGAGGAGACAGCGAGGACACAGAGGACAGCGCCGACAGUCCUGCCCCGAAGAGGGGCCGAUAUAACUACGACAAGGACCUGGUCACUGCCUACUGACCCGCAGCUCUGUCCCCGCACAGACUGACACACACACAGAGACAAAGGCAGGGGGCUCAAAAGAAGCUUGAGGACAGGAACAGUAAUCCACUAGAUGCAACGACCCUCCCUUACGCCCAACAUUAGAGCCUUUUAGCAGCUCUGGUUUCUACCCAUUCAAAACAAACACACUCAAACAUGCACUGUUAAUGAAUCCUGAAUCUAGAGCGAUUAGGAUUCCUCUUUGUACUGUACACCACUGGAAGCGACUCUAACUCUUUUUGGUCAACUGUCACCUCACAGUGAAUAUCUGUACCGUCCUGCCUCUACUAAAGAAACUGAAUGGAUCGCGCACCCCCGACACCACCACCACCCCCUUUCCUCCUCUCCUCCUCUCUCCAGACUAUUUCCUCUCUUCCACUCCAUCACUCUUUGUAAUUGACUUGGAAUUACUGGCUCUUUUAGCCGUGGGCGUUCAAUGUUUGCGUUUCAGAUUGUCACAUUUGUGAUGAACAGGCAGGUUGAAAAGCGGAGGCACCUCAGUAGUUUUUGGUGAAGGAUCAAAAACGACCAUGGAAAAGAGGCACGAGUAACUUUGGGGAAGGACACAUGGCAGAGGUAUGUGGAGUGUGAUGCAAAUCGAAACCUCUUCUGUCGGGUUAUAGUUUCUUCGUUCAGAGAAUGAGUUCAAAGCUUGAAAGGGUUUUUUCAGGAAUUUAUCCUUUUAAUUAUGAAAUGGCAGAACACAAUACUGGCCUCUGGUGUGUGAUGCUUUCCAUUUUUAUUUUGUCCUUUUAGAUAAGAGAACCUACCUCAGUCAUAAAAAAAAAAAAAAAACUUAGCAGACUGACCAGAGAGUAGCUGAGAAAGAAGCAGAGGACAGAAGAAUUGAUGAGUCUUUCUGAAGCCAAUUUUACACUGGAGAUUAUUUUUUUUUCUUCAUUGUUUUUGUUUUUUCAAAGUCCAUUGUUACAUGCCGCUCCAGCAACAACAUCUUUGUUGAAGGACUAGGUAGCUUGUGGUUAACCACCAGGCUAACUGUUGGUGUCAGUCAUGGGUGGAGCGGUCCCACUAAAUAACACAUUGCUGUAGUUGUUUUUGCUGUAAUAGGAUUAAUUAUGGUUGGUGUAUCAACAGUGCAAAUGGGCAUAAGACAUCAAAACUACUGUUCGACUGCUGCGCCAAAGCAGAUGCAUUUAAAGAUUUCACUGACAGGUAGUCAUGAGAAUUUGGUGCCUUUUUUAUUUUCUUUUUUUUUUUUUUACACUAGCUGAGCUGGCCAAUCAGAUGAGAUCCCCCAGUCUGAGAGCCGUUUUAUUUUGUUUGUUUCAAUUGCAGUACGAGCAACUCAGAAUAAAGAAUCUGAGGUAAAGGACAGUCAUGGAACAGGUUUCAGAAGUGCUGUCUUUCUUUUUUUCUUCCCAUAUUUUGAUGUCUUUCUCUACAAGCAUUAUAUUUAUUUUAUUGCUUCAUGUUCUCUUAACAGUUGUGUGUAAUAAAUCAUCAUAGUAUUUGGCUGUAUCUCUGUACAGUCAGGAGCUUGUACUCGCAGAAAGCAGGAUACUUCAGCUGCUGUGGUUUUGGGUGUGGAGAGGCUCAUGGCAGGGCUGUUGAUGAACAGUCCUAUUUCUUUUCCUGUGAAUGAAUCCAACCGGGGUCAAAGAAGCAUUCGGAGCAUUUCCUGUGCCGUGGGGGUUGAGCAUGUCUAACACGACAAAUCUGAAUGAGUUGAAAAUAAGUGCAACCCCUGCCAAGCUUAAAGUCAUUCAUCGAAUUACAAAUUGUCCCGUCUGGAACAAGUGGAGCAGCUUCAACCAACAAUCCCCCUUCGGCCUCCGCUCAAUGUAGAUUAGGUCAUGUGUGUUUGCUGGAGUAGAAUUGGACUUGCGUUGCCACACACUAGGCUCAGACUAAUGCUCUUCUACACCCGCUCUAGUGUUGUCGGUUUGCGAUAGCUGCUCCUCAGAUGAGGAAACAUGGGCUGCACGUGUUUGCAUUAGGUUUGUCUGCAGGACGGUCAGAAGAUAUUGCUGUGUUGAUAGAGCUGUUUGCACUUUCAUUGGACAUAGAGUUUAUGGCUUAUUUAUUUUUACGCCAUCCUGUAGUGAGUAUUAAUCAAAGAUAAAUUACCUUUGGGACCAGAUAUCCUCUAACAUCUCAUGCAUGGGAAUCUGAAAAUGUGAAACUAAAAAAAGGGCGCAGUCAUACUCGGGCAGGCAAAAAGCGGGACGUCUUCCAUUUCUUUCCUCUUUGACACGUUGAAGUAGAUUUCAAAGAGAACAUACUGGUGAAAAUAUUUGGUCAUCACACAAAAUUGAUCGAUGACCUCUACUCCACCUGAGUCUGUCCCUGCGAGGAUAUUCUUUAUACAGCGCUUUGAAGCAAAAAUUUAUUGUGAAGAACUCUAAUACCUGUUUUUUACUAGGCAAUUUGAGUAACUGCUAUACAUUUAAAAUGACACUGUUCAUUUGUCGCUAGGUAUUGAAGGUUAUUAUUUGAAUGGAUCUCCUAAACUUGUCUUUGCCUUCAUGGUUAAAGGUGAGAGGCGGUGCAGGUUGCUUCUGUGGAUCUGAGCCAGAUGUGUUUGUGCAGGUUGUUUAGGGAGCAGGAGAGCAGAGAGCUGAGGGUCUGGUCUUUUUGCAGUGGCAUCGCUUCAUCUUACAAUUAUUGCAUAAGGUAGCAUGGGCAGAGGCUUACAAUCCCUGAUGUAAAUGUUUCGUUGUGUUUUUUUUAUAUGUUCAUAUUAAAAGACAAUAAAAUUAAAUAAUAUUUUAUUAAGCCUUGAAUCGCCUCCAGUUGUUCCUACGGGUGGACAGACGAGGAGCUGUUGAAGGGCAGCAGCAGCUGGAGCUGAUGCCACUGAGGACUGGGAGAACUGGUUCUGAGGUGUGGAUUGUUUAUGUCCUGUACCAAAUGCUCAGAUCUGGGAUUACGUUUGAUGCCUGUUGAGGAUAAAACUGUAAAAUUUCAAAUGAUCGUAUUCUAACAGCUGUUAUUGACGUGUGGAAUUAAUUAAAAUCAGUUCUUAAAAA